CAACUGUCAAAUUGUCAGGGUCGAAUCGCCCCCCACUGUUGGCGAAUGUUGGCGCAGUGCAAAACAUUUUUCCAGUCAUUUCUUCUCCUAUCUCCAACACACACCGAAAGCUCCGCUACGAAGUACACAAAUUCUUUGGAUGUGAAAUAUCGAUUUGCAGCGCGAGAAAAGUCCAUUAGCCAAAAAACACACAAAAAAUUGAAUAACGUUGCAGAAAAUCGACAAAUCAAAUAAAAACGACUUCCAAGUGUAAAUCGAAAGUCCACCAAGUGGCUGCAUAGUUGGGAAAACCAGAAAAACGCGUAAUUAAUAGCUCUAGUGAAAAUUGCAGUGUGACUUGACGACUGAGUGAAAAAGCGAAAGUAGCAGGGAUGGCGUUCGCAGGACUAAAGAAACAAAUUAACAAGGCGAACCAGUAUGUGACGGAAAAAAUGGGUGGGGCGGAGGGCACAAAGCUGGAUAUGGACUUCAUGGAAAUGGAGCGUAAGACGGACGUCACCGUUGAACUGGUUGAAGAACUGCAGAUGAAGACGAAGGAAUUCCUUCAACCAAAUCCAACGGCACGUGCAAAAAUGGCAGCCGUCAAGGGUAUAUCGAAACUCUCCGGUCAGGCAAAGUCCAAUACGUACCCACAGCCAGAAGGUCUACUUGCCGAUUGUAUGUUAAUGUAUGGCAAGAAGUUGGGUGAGGAUAAUAGUGUAUUCGCGCAAGCGCUUGUCGAAUUUGGUGAAGCGCUGAAACAAAUGGCUGAUGUAAAAUACUCACUGGAUGACAAUAUUAAACAAAAUGUCUUAGAACCAUUACACCACCUACAAACUAAAGAAUUGAAGGAGGUAAUGCAUCAUCGUAAGAAGUUGCAGGGAAGACGCCUUGACUUUGACUGUAAGCGUCGCCGGCAAGCUAAAGACGAGGAGAUUCGUGGCGCCGAGGAGAAAUUUGCCGAAUCGCUGCAUUUAGCGCAAAUGGGCAUGUUUAACUUGCUCGAAAACGACACCGAACACGUGUCACAAUUGGUAACGUUCGCUGAGGCGCUUUACGAAUUCCACUCGCAGUGCGCUGAAAUACUGCGCGGCUUGCAGGAGACACUUCAUGAAAAGCGAGAAGAGGCUGAAUCUCGACCAAAAUCUGAAUUUGUGCCCAAAACAUUGUUGGAUCUCAAUCUCGAUGGCACCGGCACUAACGAUACGGACAGCGUGAGCACACCGGCACAUAGGGCGUCAGCGGCAUCACCGCUACCCUCGCCAUUGCGUUCGCCAGCCAAAUCGCUGGUGCCGGGAGCUACUACACCACAACGCCAACAGCAGCCAUGCUGUCAGGCCUUGUACGAUUUCGAGCCAGAGAAUCCGGGUGAAUUGGGCUUCAAAGAAAACGAUACCAUUACAUUGUUGAACCGUGUGGACGACAAUUGGUAUGAAGGCUCUUUAAAUGGACGCACCGGCUACUUCCCACAGUCAUAUGUGCAAGUUGUGGUGCCACUGCCCAAUGGCAAUUAAGGGGAGCACGCUUAGCUGAUACAUUGAUGAGAGCAAAGCACUUCAUCACUCCAUAAGCAACUAGUUGACAAACAAUAAUUAAUUAUUUAAUAUUAAAUUUAACGGUUAAUUAAAUUUAAAGCUACUUAAAAGCAUAGAAACAUCAACAAACAAAAAAUCGCAAACAAUUGAGAUGUGUAUUUAUUAUAAUUAUUAAACUCAAUGGAAAUUAAGAUUUAUAGAAAAUUUCAAUGAUCAAUUCAUAAAUACUUCAAUUACAAUUCAAUUUUGAGAAUCUUGGAACUUUUAAAAUGAUAUUUGUAACUUACAUAUAUGAAACAAAAAUAACUAAAACAAAAACAAAAACCGAAAAUUGAUUGUGCUAAUAUGAGUAUUUAUGUAAUUCCUAACUUAUUGCCUACCUACCAGCCUAUUAUCAUACGAAACAAAAAAAAAUCACCUAAAAUUGUUGUCAUUUUUAAGUCAUUGCAUACCCUAACCUAAACAUACACUCAUAUACACAUAAAAGCGAACUUGUUCCCUUUUCCCCAUUUCUUGCUCUUAACUUACCUACAUUGUGUGUGUUGUUUUGUUAUUUAUAUUUAUAUAUAUGUAUUUAUUAAGCAUAAUACAAUAAUAUUAUAUACGUGUAUAUUUAUUAUAACUCUUACAUUAAUCGUAUAUAUAUGUUUUCGAGGCGAAGUAAAACAGAUAUAAACAAAAUAAAUGAGAAAUAAAUUAAAAAAAGAACACGAGAGCGAGAGCUCCCUAAUUCCUAAAUACCUUAAAUAUACCUUAUACAUUUAUUGAAAAGACCUUAAAUAAACUAAAUAAAUAUAAACCAUCUGAACUGUAUUGUAUUGAAAAUGGCAUACCACUGAAGCUAAAAAAAACAAGUGUCAUAAUUUAAACCACUAAAUAAAAUAUAUACGUAUACACUGAAAACAAAAUAUAUUAAAUACAGUGAACCAGAAAAUAAAACGGAUAGGUUUUAUAAUUAUUAGCUGUGUUAAACAAAUUAUUUUAGUUUGUUAAAGUUAAUAUUGUAACUAUGUAAGCUGUUAAGGAAUGCCGAAAACAUGUAUAAAAAGCAAACAUUUGUAUUUAUAUGUAAGUACAGCAAAAUGUGUGCGUGCAAAAUGAGCAAAAAAGCGUUGAAUGUUAUCAGCGCUGGAUGUGCGGUUUCAAAAAGUUUUGGAAUGUUUUUGUUUAAAGCUAACUUUAAAUGAUUUUUGAAACAGUUAUGUGCUUGUGAAGUGUUACGUACAUAUGUACAUGUAUUCAUUUGAAAUGUUUCACGAAAGUUUGCUGCCUUUUAUAAAGAGCUACUUAGGAAAAAUUGUUAACCAGUUAAUAAAUAAAAACACAAUGUAAUAGCACUAUCGGCUUUUUGGUUGAUAAUAAGAAUUGUUUAAGAAAGUUCAAUUUAAAAUAUAUUUUUCAUAAUAUUUAACUUAUUUUCGUAUUAUUUACAAAGCGCUAAGUUUUCUUUUAUUUAAAUGCUUGCUUUUUUAUUAAUUUGUAUGCAAUAAACUAUAACAUUAAUGCUACGAAAAACACAUACUAUUUUCAUGUCUAACAUUCCAACUUUUUUUUUAAGUACAUAUUUAAUUAUAAAACUCAUAUUUUUAUUUAAUUUUAUUUUAUUUAUUUAAUUUGCUUCUAAGCACAAAGCCAAAACUUGUCCGUUAUUAUUUUUGUGGCACUGUUACUCGUGAGGAUUACUAUCCGAUUAAUGUACUGAUAAUAAUCAUGUAGUUAACGUUUUAUAGCGUUACCAAUAGCGUUGGAGAGGAAUUAUGAACAAUUAUAUAUUAUGAAAGAAGGAAGUCACAGUGGUUUAGUAGUCUCAUGUUGGAAUAAAAAAGCAAAACAAAACAAAAUAAAAAUAAAACUAUUCAAAAACAUUGGUUUAAUAAUUGUAUACAUACAUACAUACAUAAAUUAUAUAGAAGAAAAGGCUAAACAUAACGAAAAACAAUAAUGUAUUGAAAAUAUAUACAUACUUACAUACAUACAUAUAUGCAACUUGAUGCAAUUACGAUGAAUUAUAACAAUAAUAAUUGUAAUGGAAAUUUACAAGUGUAAUAAUGUAACAAUUACCUACCCCUAUACAUACAUACAUACAUACUAUAUACAAAUACUUAACGUUAAUAUGAAAUAUGAAAAUUAACUAUAAAGCUACCGCAAAUGAAGCUGAAGGAAGCGAUGAAGACGGCGUGUAUAAGGUUUAUGAUAUUGCUGAUAUUAAGAUAUAAUACAUAUGUAUUAAUUACGUUAUGCAAACAGAGAAGCAAAAAAAAAAAAAGAACUUAUAAAAAUUAUUGAAGCAAAGCGCGACAAAUAUGAAGGCAAAAACCCGAUAAAAAUAACAAAACCAAAAAAGAAAUUAAUAAAAUUUAAUUUUUAAUGUGUCUUUCGUUCCAA